GGAUUUUUUUUUUAAAACAAAAAGAAGCGCAGGUUAACUAGAAUGCGCCGGUGAUUGUCCAAAGCCUCCUCCUCUAGUCCUUUACCCUCUCUAACCACAUAUCAACCUCUCUCUUCUUCUUCCUUCUCCCUGAUAAAAAUAUUGAUCGAACCUGAAGCAGAGGGUCACAAACCCCAGCGAAGCAAUGAAGCACACUUCACCUGAAGCGGUCCCAUCCUCACCAUCACCGGCUUCCUUCUCCGCCUCCUCCGCCGUCUCUGCAGCUGCAGUUGCAUCUGCUGUUACCGACCAGUCGCCGCCUGCCACUUCAUCGUCGUCGUCUUCAAUCCCGACCGAGGACUUGGCCGUGGGGUCCACGAGGGAUGGUAGCGGCGGGGCGCAGGAAACCGUGACCAUCGAUCGUCGAGGAGAGUACUCUGCCGUCUGUCGAUGGACGGUCCACAACUUCCCUCGUAUUAAAGCUAGGGCAAUCUGGAGCAAGUACUUUGAGGUUGGCGGCUAUGAUUGUCGCCUCUUAAUUUACCCUAAAGGAGACUCACAGGCUUUGCCAGGGUACAUCUCUAUCUAUCUCCAAAUCAUGGACCCUCGCGGCACUGCCUCUUCCAAAUGGGACUGCUUCGCCAGCUACCGUUUAGCUAUCGUCAACCUAACCGACGAUUCCAAAACCAUUCAUCGGGAUUCGUGGCACCGAUUCUCCAGCAAGAAAAAAUCUCACGGUUGGUGUGAUUUCACCCCUUCGUCUACUGUAUUCGAUUCUAAAUUAGGUUACUUGUUCAAUAAUGAUUCCGUUCUUAUCACCGCCGACAUUUUAAUCCUUAAUGAAUCCGUUGGUUUUAUGCGGGAUAAUAAUGACCUACAAUCAGCGUCUUCCUCAAUAAUAUCAUCGUCGGUGGUCUCGGGUCCAGUAUCCGAUGUGUUAAGCGGGAAAUUUACUUGGAAAGUGCAUAAUUUUAGUUUGUUUAGGGAAAUGAUUAAGACACAGAAGAUAAUGAGCCCGGUAUUUCCAGCCGGUGAGUGUAAUCUGAGAAUCAGUGUGUACCAGAGCUCAGUAAAUGGGCAAGAUUAUUUAUCUAUGUGUUUGGAGAGUAAGGAUACGGAGAAGACAAUUGUUUCUGAUAGGAGCUGUUGGUGUUUGUUUAGAAUGUCGGCGUUGAACCAAAAGCCAGGGUCCAAUCACAUGCAUAGGGACUCGUACGGGCGUUUUGCUGCGGACAAUAAGACUGGUGAUAAUACAAGUUUGGGCUGGAAUGAUUAUAUGAAAAUGUCUGAUUUUGUUGGGCCAGACUCAGGAUUUCUGGUGGAGGAUACUGCAGUUUUCAGUACUUCGUUUCAUGUGAUCAAGGAGUUCAGUAGCUUCUCAAAGAAUGGGGGUUUAAUUGGAGGGAGGAGUGGGAGUGGGGCAAGGAAGUCUGAUGGGCACAUGGGGAAAUUUACUUGGAGGAUUGAAAAUUUUACCAGGUUGAAGGAUCUGUUAAAGAAGAGGAAGAUUACAGGUCUUUGCAUCAAGAGCAGGAGGUUUCAGAUUGGGAACCGAGACUGUCGGCUCAUUGUUUAUCCUCGAGGGCAGUCUCAGCCACCAUGCCACCUUUCGGUGUUUCUUGAAGUUACAGAUUCACGGAAUACUUCCAGUGAUUGGAGUUGUUUUGUGAGCCAUCGGUUGUCAGUUUUGAACCAGAGGAUGGAGGAGAAAUCUGUGACAAAGGAAUCUCAGAAUCGCUAUUCUAAAGCUGCAAAAGAUUGGGGUUGGCGUGAAUUUGUGACACUUACUAGCCUAUUUGAUCAAGAUUCUGGGUUUCUUGUUCAGGAUACUGUUGUAUUCUCUGCAGAGGUUCUCAUUUUGAAAGAGACAUCAAUAAUGCAGGAUUUUACCGAUCAGGACAUUGAGGCAAAUGGUCCUGGUUCCCAGGUUGAAAAGGUUGGGAAAAGAAGUUCCUUCACAUGGAAGGUGGAAAACUUUUUGUCUUUCAAGGAAAUAAUGGAAACCCGAAAAAUCUUCAGCAAGUUCUUUCAAGCUGGUGGAUGUGAACUUCGAAUUGGCGUCUAUGAAUCCUUCGACACCAUAUGCAUAUAUUUGGAGAGUGAUCAGUCAGUUGUUAGUGAUCCAGAUAAAAAUUUUUGGGUCAGAUAUAGGAUGGCUGUGGUGAAUCAAAAGAAUCCAGCAAAGACUGUGUGGAAGGAGUCUUCUAUUUGUACAAAGACAUGGAAUAAUUCUGUUCUGCAAUUUAUGAAGGUGUCUGAUAUGUUGGAAGCAGAUGCAGGGUUCCUUGUGCGUGACACUGUUGUUUUUGUUUGCGAAAUAUUGGAUUGCUGUCCUUGGUUCGAGUUUUCAGAUCUAGAGGUGUUGGCUUCUGAGGAUGAUCAGGAUGCAUUAACGACUGAUCCUGAUGAACUCAUUGAUUCUGAAGACAGUGAAGGAGUAAGCGGAGAUGAAGAAGAUAUCUUUAGAAACCUUCUUUCUAGGGCUGGCUUUCACUUGACAUAUGGAGACAAUCCUUCACAGCCACAGGUUACCUUAAGGGAAAAGCUUCUAAUGGAUGCUGGUGCAAUUGCUGGUUUUUUGACUGGAUUGCGUGUCUAUCUAGAUGAUCCUGCAAAAGUAAAGCGUUUGCUUCUUCCAACUAAGCUUUCUAGUAGCAAUGAUGGAAAGAAGGCAGCAAAAGCUGAUGAAUCUUCCCCAAGCUUGAUGAAUCUGUUAAUGGGAGUUAAAGUUUUGCAGCAAGCAAUUAUAGAUUUACUUUUGGACAUAAUGGUUGAAUGUUGUCAGCCUUCAGAAGGAAGUUCCAAUGACGAUUUAUCUGAUGUGAACUCAAAGCCUUCUGUUGAUGGCAGUGGUGCUGACAGUCCAUUGGAAUCUGACAGGGAAAAUGGAGCAACAGAAUCUGCUCAAUUUCCUGUAUAUGAGAGACUGGAUUCUGGUGUAGAUGAUACUACCAGCGCAUCUGCUGUACAAAGCUCUGAUGCAAAUGGGGUUGAUAUGCCAGGAAAAGCUCUUCCUGGACUGCCUAUUUAUCCCCCAGUAACAACAGCUGGAGCAUCUUUGGAAAAUGCUUCCCUUCGCUCUAAGACCAAGUGGCCAGAACAAUCUGAGGAGCUCUUAGGAUUGAUUGUAAACUCACUGAGAGCCCUCGAUGGAGCUGUUCCACAAGGCUGUCCUGAACCAAGACGGAGGCCUCAAUCUGCACAAAAGAUUGCUCUUGUAUUGGAUAAAGCUCCAAAACAUCUGCAGCUAGACCUUGUCGCUUUAGUUCCCAAGUUGGUUGAGCAUUCAGAACAUCCACUGGCAGCUUAUGCACUUCUUGAGAGACUUCAAAAGCCUGACGCAGAACCUGCAUUGCGGAUACCUGUUUUUAAUGCUCUUAGUCAACUGGAAUGUGGCAGUGAUGUGUGGGAACGUGUUCUCUUUCAAUCUUUUGAGCUUUUGGCCGACACAAAUGAUGAACCUCUUGCUGCGACAAUGGAUUUUAUAUUUAAAGCUGCAUCACAAUGCCAACACCUUCCUGAAGCAGUCAGGUCUGUUCGUGUUAGGCUAAAAAAUUUGGGCCCUGAGAUUUCACCUUGUGUCCUGGAUUUUUUGAGUAAAACUGUAAAUAGUUGGGGUGAUGUUGCUGAAACUAUACUUAGAGAUAUUGAAUGUGAUGAUGACUUUGGAUAUGACAGCUCAGCAUUGCCUUGUGGUCUUUUCUUGUUUGGUGAAAAUGGACCGACUCCUGAAAGGUUGCAUGUGAUGGAUGGGCAGGCUUUCCGUGCUGGUUGUCAUUUUUCUGAUAUUUAUAUCUUGAUUGAGAUGUUAUCUAUACCCUGUCUUGCUGUUGAAGCUUCUCAAACAUUUGAGAGAGCUGUAGCUCGAGGGGCAAUUGUAGCUCAAUCUGUUGCAAUGGUUUUGGAAAGGCGCCUCACUCAGAGAUUGAAUUUCAAUGCCAGAUUUGUUGCUGAAAAUUUUCAGCAUACUGAUGGUGUAAUAGAGGGAGAAGCAGGUGAACAGCUUAGAAUCCAAAGAGAUGAUUUUAAUGUUGUUCUUAGCCUUGCUGAGACAAUGGCCCUUUCAAGAGACCCCUGUGUGAAGGGGUUCGUGAAGAUGCUUUACACAUUAUUAUUUAAAUGGUAUGCUGAUGAGUCAUACAGAGGGAGGAUGCUAAAGAGACUUGUCGAUCAUGCCAUCAGUACGACAGAUAAUAGUCGUGAUGUGGAUUUAGACUUGGAUAUAUUGGUUAUUCUAGUUUGUGAGGAGCAAGAAAUUGUUAAACCUGUUCUAACCAUGAUGCGGGAGGUUGCUGAACUUGCAAAUGUUGAUCGGGCAGCUCUUUGGCAUCAGUUAUGCGCUAGUGAGGAUGAAAUUAUUCGCAUGCGUGAAGAGAUGAAGACAGAAAUUUCUAAUAUGGUUCGAGGAAAAGCUAUUCUAUCACAAAAAUUGAGUGAAUCAGAGGCCACUAACAAUCGACUCAAGUCUGAAAUGAGGGCUGAGAUGGAUCGCUUUACUCGCGAAAAGAAGGAACUUUCUGAACAAAUACAAGAAGUUGAAGGUCAGCUUGAGUGGAUACGCUCAGAGCGAGAUGAAGAAAUUGCCAAACUUAAGGCUGAGAAGAAAGUUCUUCAGGAUCGUCUUCAUGAUGCUGAAACACAGCUCUCUCAGUUGAAAUCGAGAAAACGAGAUGAAUUGAAGAGAGUGGUAAAGGAGAAAAAUGCUCUUGCUGAAAGGUUAAAGAGUGCUGAAUCUGCAAGGAAAAGAUUUGAUGAAGAGUUGAAACGGUAUGCCACAGAGAAUGUGACUCGGGAGGAAAUCCGCCAGUCAUUGGAGGAUGAAGUUCGGAGAUUGACUCAAACAGUUGGGCAAACAGAAGGAGAAAAGAGGGAGAAAGAAGAACAGGUUGCUCGGUGUGAAGCGUAUAUUGAUGGGAUGGAAUCAAAAUUGCAGGCCUGCCAGCAAUACAUUCACACACUUGAGGCUUCACUUCAAGAAGAAAUGUCACGGCAUGCUCCCCUUUAUGGUGCUGGAUUGGAAGCUCUAUCAAUGAAGGAAUUGGAGACGAUAUCACGAAUUCACGAGGAAGGACUAAGGCAGAUCCAUGCCCUCCAACAACGCAAGGGAAGUCCUGCUGCGAGUCCUCUUGUGAGCCCCCACACUCUACCACACAAUCAUGGGUUGUACCCUGCUGCACCACCUCCAAUGGCUGUUGGACUACCUUCUUCACUCAUCCCAAAUGGUGUUGGAAUCCACAGUAAUGGACAUGUGAAUGGCGCAGUAGGACCAUGGUUCAGUCAUACUUAGGAUGUCAUUAUUGCAGGUUGCUAAAUGCCUGUAUGGGUAUUUGUUUGCCUAAUUCGGGUUUCUUUCUUUUUUUGUUAAAAAAAAAAAAAGGAAAAUUAGGGGGGUUUAGGGGACAUCUCACUGUGAUUGGGAUGUUCUCUUAUGAGUUAUUUGUUGGCAUUUUGACUGGUAGGACUAUUGGAAACACUGAAAAAAAAGGGAAAAAAAAAUACAAAUAUCAAGUGAAAGAAGUAGUUGAGGAAAUGAACGCUGGAGUGGUGAGUCCAAUAGAACUAACAGUUGCGAAUGUCAUACUUAUUUACUUCUUUUCAUAAGGUUGAUUAUAGGCUUCAUGAAGAGCUUUUCUUUUUUCCCCGA